AUGACGUACGACGUGAUGUCUAAAUUGGCAAGUUCACCCUUGGGCAAUCGAAAUCAUAUUUGGACAGAACUGUCGGCGGGGGGCAGCGACACUACUGACCCCGAUGCCAUCUUCGCGGUUAACAACGGCACCGCUGCCACGGACACCAUGGUACAGCCACAGUUUGAUAAUGCGACGAAAAGAGAAUAUACUGCAGCCGUCGGCCAGCCAGCAUACUUGCACUGCCGAGUCAAAAACCUUAGUGAUCGAUCGGUAUCAUGGAUCCGGAAACGAGACCUCCACAUAUUGACGGUCGGAGUUCACACAUACAGCAGCGAUGCACGCUUCGCCGCCUUACACACCGACGGCUCAGAUGAAUGGACGCUGCGGGUGGCACACGCACAACCACGGGACUCCGGUGCUUAUGAGUGCCAAGUAUCCACUGAACCGAAGAUCAGUUUAUCAUUUUGGCUCAGCGUUGUUGUAUCAAAAGCCGAAAUUCUUUCUGGACCUGAGCUAUUCGUUCGUGCUGGAUCGGAUAUAAACCUCACUUGUAUAGCCAGACAUGCUCCCGAUCCUCCUAGUUUUAUCUAUUGGUAUCGGGGUGCCAACGUGGUGAACUACGCACAGCGUGGUGGAAUCAGCGUAGAAACAGAGCAACGCACUCGCACUAGUCGCUUGCUCAUAGCGCGAGCUUCUCCCAGGGAUUCUGGCAAUUAUACCUGUGCUCCAAGCAGUUCUGAUUCAGCGUCCGUGGUCGUCCACGUAGUUAGUGGCGAGCGACCAGCAGCAAUGCAAAGCAGCUCCCAGAGAAUUAUACCAGCUCAUGUCACUUUAAUUCUAUUUUCUUAUAUAUUUAACAAACAAUUUGUCUUCGAUAUCACACAGAACAUUUUGAUUUCAGUAUAUCUUAUUGACUGUCUAACGUCGAAAAUAAUAUACAUUCUUGAGUCUAGAUGA